GUAACAGAACUGGCCAUCUGCUCCGUCAGCGCACCCUGCGGUACUUUUCGUCGUGAUCAUGUCUGCGAUUGGCCGAGAUGACUCGAAAUCCCCAAUUCUUUGAACGGGCCACGUCCAGUCCACUUCUGGGACUGCAGUGCCACUGUUGGUGGUCCCAGACUCCCAGGUCCCUCGGGUCCCCUGGUCGAGCCUGCCUGGCGAAGCCUGGCAAGUGGUCAUCAUUCUGCUGCAGACCCCAUUUCCGCGCAGCACGAGACUUUUUUUUGGCGCUACUUGUAGGUUUUCUGGUGUUGACAAACACCUCCAGUCGUGAGGUACGUACGGAGUACUGCACACUGAGGCAGCGACGGACCACCACGCACCAUCCAUCUGCACCCGCCCCGGCUAGCACAGGGCCCUACCUCACCAUUUCUAUCCCGUCUCUCCAUCUCACACUCUCUUCCUCUCCUCAACCUCUUCCUCCAAACCCGACCUCCUCCCUAUCUCUUCGACGAAAACUUCGAAUCCGCCGAAUUCACGACAAGCCGAGUCACGAACAUUUUCUUUUUGUUCGUCGAUUCAGGAUUCAAGUUCAUCGCGAACGACUUUCACCCUUCACGCCUCUUCCGCACUUUUACUGGCCCAUCUCCUCGGUCAGCGUGGAAGUCUCGAAGGCACAUUGCUUCUCGCGACUCCGUAUCAUCGAGCCUGCUGCGAUUCCCUUGAGCAAUUUUACUCUGCUGCAUUUCUUCUUGUUCUAGACUUUCGAUAUCUCCUUCGAGCAUCCGGUACGGUAUCUCACUCACGACCUUCCAGCUAUCCCGGUCACGACCUUACUUCACUCUACGACACGACCGACCCUGCUUCCCCUGUGCCGAUUCUCGCGGAAUCAACUAGCAGACGAUCCUUGUU